CGCCGCGCUUUACGGCAGCUUUACGGCCGCCUGUCAAAACGGCCACCGCUCAUUUCAGACGGCGCCGGCGCGCUUUACGGUAGCAUCGGCCGUUUCCUCUCGCGACAGUCUCGCUUUACGGCAGCGUCGCGCCGCGCUGUCCCGAGAGAGAAGCACGAGCGCUCCCCCCGGCAGGUUGAUGGGGCUCUCAGGGCCGCCUCGUUUUACGGCACCAUGGAAGCGGGUCGGGGGGGCGCUUCACGGUAGCCUCCGGGGCCCUUUUCGCUUUUACUGCACUCGGGGAACCGUUCCACCCCCUGCGUCCUCGCUUUACGGCACAGGGUGAAGGCUGCCAGCCGCUGGGCUUGACGACCGUGAAUGCGCGGCCGCGCUUUACGGCACCUCGGACCAACUUUUGCGACAGACAGAAGGGAUCGCUUUACGGCAGCGUGGCAUUUACAAAGAAGAACGGGGGGGGGCUUCGCGUCACUGACGCUUUACGUUGACGCGGCGCCGUCUGUUGCUAGGGCCCGCCGUGAACGGGCCCCGUCCCCGCAUCGCCUCUCGCACUUAGGCGGCAUCGGCUUUGUUUUACGACACUGUCGUGCUCCUCCGAACCAGGAUGUUUUGCUUGACGGCAGCGUGGCCAAAAUGCUGUUGCCCGGGCUACGGGAGGGCGGGGCUGGGGAAGGGGGCGUGACCCAAUGAGAACGAUUAGCCCCAAUUACAACGAAUGUAAAUAGGAAUUGUCCCAGGGAAACCAUCAGCAGACGGCUAAUUAGUGCCAAUCCCUGGUGCCGUUUUAAUUAGUGCAAAUGACUGGUGCAACUCACUAAUGGGCAGAACUGGGGCAAGGAUCAUUCGUGCAAAGAAACGUCUAGUGCAAAGUGGUGCAAUGAAGCUGCUCGUGCAGACGGUCGUGCAAGCGAUACUUUAGUGCAAGGGACGGGUGCAACACGUUAGUGCAAGGGAGCGGCCCUCCGCCCUGCUGCCCGGGCCGUCGUUGGCCCACCCCCGAGGUGGAUUAGCUAGUCACACGGAGCCCAACAAUUUACUCCGGAUUAAAGCAGCGGCCAGAAAAGGCAUCUGCUCCGGAUCGGCAGCCGGCAAGAGAGGGAGAACGCAGCGCUGCCCUUGAGAGUUUGAUCCCGUAGCUAAUCCGCCCCGGGACCCCUCUCCGAGGAUGACGGUGAAACUGGACUUCGAGGAGUGUCUGAAGGACUCUCCCCGGUUCAGGGCUGCCGUCGAGGGGGUGGAAUGUGAUGUCUUUGAGCUGGAGACUCGGCUGGAGAAGCUGCUGAAGCUCUGUGGGGCCAUGCUGGAUUCGGGGCGCCAGUACUGCGCCGCCAGCAAGGCCUUCGUCGGGGGGGUGCGCGACCUCUCCCAGCACGCCCAGGGGGACGCCAUGAUGAGCGAGGGCCUGGAAAAAUUCUCCGACAGCCUCAACCAAAUGAUUGACAACCAAGUGGAGCUUCUGGACGUCACUCAGCAGUCGUCCCGGCAACACAUCCAUACCCUGGUGAAAGAGGACGUGAAGCGGUUCAAGGAGGCGCGGAAGGAGUUCGAGCGGGGCAGCGAGGGGCCGG